AUGGCGAUAAUUCAGGUUAUUGAUGGAAACGGCACGAAAACUGCUUCCAAUGCAAAUAGUUUAUACCAUUUCCUCAAGAGUUUAGAGCCACUCUCCAUUAGACAACCGGUCAAUAUAAUGCAUAGCAGCAUUCGUAUUGACCAAAAAUUGGUAAAGACACUCUCUGGUAAAUCGCCCAGUUAUGCUGCGGCUACGUUGUCGCAGUCCUAUAAAAUGAAGGCACCUGUCUCAAAAAUAGCUUUUACGAAACGUGUUGAUCUGAAUAAGACACUGAAUCAAUUUAAAGAUGAUGCAAGUAAGACUCCUGAAUUUUGCUCUGUUUUCAAACCAGUUUCUUCUUCGGAAAAUGAAGCUCUAUCGAACGGCAGUGAUUGGAGAGCGUCUAUCAACAAGAUCUUUUUGCGUGAACCAAGAAGUGCUACUUGUGAGUGUUCAUCUAAUUAUGUUACAGCAGAAUUUUCACAACGGUUCAACCCAGAGCAUAAUUUGACUCAGGAUUUCAACAAUACUCUAUUAGCAGCGUUGAAACUGGGUUCUGUUUCGAAGGAAGAAUUCAAGUUGAUCAGGUUGACAUUGAUCAAGAAUGAAAGACGAAUAGAAGAUUUAGAAAAAGAAUGUUCUAACAAUAAGCAACUGAUGCAAUCGUUGCAAUCAACUUUAGUAAGGAUCCAAUCCCUUUGUAAUCUAUACUAUUGA